UCCUUCCUUUGGCCACAGCUUGUCACGUCGGGCUCUGGAAAGAAGAUGGUGACCAUGCUCAGCUUAUGAAAACCCCAGCUUGUAUCUCAGGACACAAUGUCCCUGCUGUUCAUCCGCUCUAAGUCCAUCAUCACUAGCAAGAAGGAGAAGAGACAUAUGGCGGAAGUCAGUGCCUCCCCACUUAAGCAUUUUGUCACUGCCAAGAAAAAAAUAAAUGGCAUCUUUGAACAGUUGGCAGCCUACAUCCAGGAGAGUGCGGUGUUUCUGGAGGAAACGCACAAGAAUGGAGAGCUCGACCCGGUCACCACAGAAGAGCAGGUGUUGGAGGUCAAAGGCUACUUGUCCAAGGUCAGCGGGAUCAGUGAAGUCUUAGCCAGGAGGCACAUGAAGGUGGCUUUCUUUGGGCGGACGAGUAAUGGGAAAAGUACCGUGAUUAACGCUAUGCUGUGGGAUAAAGUCCUUCCCUCGGGAAUCGGCCACACCACAAACUGCUUCCUGCGAGUGGAGGGGACGGACGGCCAGGACGCCUUCCUGCUCACCGAAGGGUCCGAGGAGAAGAAGAGCGUCAAGACGGUCAACCAGCUGGCUCACGCCCUCCACCAGGACGAAUUGCUAACUGCCGGUGGUCUGGUCAGCGUCAUGUGGCCGAAUUCCAAGUGCCCUUUGCUCAAAGAUGACCUCGUUUUGAUGGACAGCCCUGGAAUUGACGUCACCACCGAGCUGGAUAGCUGGAUUGACAAAUUCUGCUUGGACGCGGAUGUCUUUGUGUUAGUGGCCAAUUCUGAGUCGACACUGAUGCAGACGGAGAAGCAGUUUUUCCACAAAGUAAACGCCCGCCUCUCUCGGCCAAACAUUUUCAUCUUAAAUAACCGCUGGGAUGCCUCGGCGUCCGAACCGGAAUACAUGGAGGAGGUUCGCGGGCAACACAUGGAACGUUGCACCAGCUUCCUGGUGGACGAGCUGGGCGUGGUGGACCGUGCCCAGGCUGCAGACCGCAUCUUUUUUGUCUCUGCCAAAGAAGUCCUGAAUGCCCGCAUCCAGAAGGCUCAGGGGAUGCCAGAAGGAGGUGGGGCACUGGCUGAGGGUUUCCAAGUGAGGAUGUUUGAAUUCCAGAAUUUUGAGCGAAGAUUUGAGGAGUGCAUCUCACAGUCUGCAGUGAAGACCAAGUUUGAGCAGCACACGGUCAGGGCCAAGCAGAUUGCGGAAGAAGUCCGACACAUCAUGGAUUCCGUGCAUGUUGCCGCGCAGGAACAGAGGAUCUACUGCCUCGAGAAGUUUGAUGACCGGCAGGAACGCCUGGGCUUUAUAGAAAAACAGCUGGAUUUGCUCACUCAGAGCUACAAGCUGAAAAUCAAGGAGAUCACGGAGGAAGUCGAGCGCCAGGUGUCAAACGCGAUGGCUGAGGAGAUCAGGAAGCUCUCCGUGUUGGUCGAUGACUUUCAGCUGGACUUCCACCCGUCUCCCGUGGUCCUGAAAGUUUAUAAGAACGAAUUGCACCGGCACAUCGAGGAAGGCCUGGGCCGGAACAUGUCAGAUCGCUGCUCCAGCUCCGUCGCAGCCUCUUUGCAGACCACGCAGCAGGAAAUGAUCGACGGCUUGAGGCCCCUUCUUCCCGUCUCCCUGAGAGGGCAGAUAGACCUGCUGGUCCCCCGGCAGAGCUUCACGCUCAGCUACGACCUGAACUGUGACAAGCUCUGCGCUGACUUCCAAGAGGACAUCCAGUUCCAUUUCUCCCUCGGAUGGACGAUGUUGGUGAACCGGUUUCUGGGGCCCAAAAAUACGCGUCGGGCCUUGAUGGGCUACAGUGACCAGGUUCAGCGACCUUUGCCCCUGACCCCGGCGAACCCGAGCCUGCCCCCCUUGCCGCAGGGGUCCUUGACUCAGGAGGAGCUGAUGGUCUCCAUGGUGACCGGCCUGGCCUCCCUCACGUCCAGAACCUCGAUGGGCAUCCUGGUGAUCGGUGGAGUGGUCUGGAAGGCGGUCGGUUGGAGGCUGAUCGCUCUUUCCCUGGGCCUCUACGGACUCCUGUACGUCUACGAGCGUCUCACCUGGACCACGAGGGCGAAAGAGCGGGCCUUCAAGCGCCAGUUUGUGGAAUAUGCUGGGGAGAAGCUGCAGCUGAUAGUCAGCUACACCGGCUCCAACUGCAGCCAUCAAGUCCAGCAGGAACUCGCAGGGACCUUUGCUCAGCUUUGCCAGCAGGUGGACGUGACAAGAGAAGAUCUUGAGAAAGAAAUUGCAGGCCUGAAUCAAAAGAUUGAGAUUUUGGAUACUUUGCAGAGUAAAGCCAAGUUACUUAGGAAUAAAGCCGGUUGGCUGGACAGCGAGCUGAACAUGUUCACACAUCAAUAUUUGCAGCACAGCAGAUAAGCGAUCAAAAUGGGAGUGUGGGGGAAUCCGUCCUGUCCCCCCCCAGUUACACUAUUGCAGAAAUAAUUUCUGGCGAUGGGAACUUGCAGGGAGAGGUGGGGAAUCUCAUUCCUGUCUGUCUGCACCUGUUCCUUCCAUGCAGAUGCACAUUUGAAAUCCACUCAACUUUCCUUUCUCACCACGUUGGCGCUUUUCGUUUUAGCCAUCCCCUGCAGUCUUAGCGAUUUUUUGCUUAGCAGGAAGAACCUUGAUAUCCUGAUUGGUGCGGCUGGGAUGGCCAUUCCCCGGUCCUGGAUCUCCCCCCCCCCCCCCACUUUUUUUAGCCAUCAAUGAAAUAGCAAGUGGAAUCUGCAUUUUUUCAGUGGGGUGUGAAAUGAAAUUAAUCCUGAUGCCUGCUUGCCCUCAAUGAAUGAUCCUGUUUCUCCCAAAGGGAAUCUUAUAAUUUAUAGGACCAGAUUGGGUGCAUCCCAGCCAAAUUCAGGCCUUGUGGGACAGGUUCUAGCUUGGCUUCUGAAUUCUGGAGGCAAGAAACACUCUUUGGCUGGAGUCCUCCAAGCCUGUAACACCAUUCCCUAAUUUGCACACAACUGACCCAGAUUUCUUAGAAGGUAGUCCCAGCAACCCAAAUUUGUUCGCAUAAUUUGUUUCGCUCCAGAAUUACAGGCUCUCAUAGUCCUUUGCAUUGCUUACUCUGGCUGACCAGAGUUAAAAUUCAGAAUAUCUGGGAAGAGCCAAGCUGCCUGUUGGGGGCAACUUUCUGUGGGCUAAAAGUUCUGUCUUUUUCCUUCCUGAUCCUCACAAAAGGUCCUUACGAUCACCGUUUCUUUUCCUGGGCUUUUGCCCUAAAACCGCCCUCCUAAAGGUGAUAGUCCUUGUAAAGUUAACUUAAUUACUGCAAACACUAAUGAAUUUAUUAGAGUGUGUGUGCAGGUAGAAGAGCGAUGCAUGUAGUUAGAUGGAGGAUGAAAGGUAAGAAAAGACUCAGAGGGGAAAAUUCAGAAUGUUGCUUUUGUGGAAUCCUUCCAACAGAGAGUAGAUAGAAGAACCAACUAUAGUGGAUUUUGAUGCUUUUUAUCCUUCCUCUAUUUUUUUGCCCCCCCUUCUAAAACGCCCUAGUUUAUGAACUUUUCAUGACUUCUGCAGUUUUUUUCUUUUUUUGAGGGGGAGGAGUGAGGACAUCUGUUCCAUUUCAGUCUAGUCCCAUCCCUUUCAAAAUUCGGUUUCCAACAUAUGCCUAAAUUGGCAGGCAUAGAAUUUCCUCCUGGGCCCGUUGAGGCCAAUGCCAGAGGCGUUGGCUUUGGGAGGGGACAUGCCCGGGGGGGGGGGUUGUGCCAGUCCGACCUCUGCGGGGAUCACAAUUGGGACUAUUCCGUUUUUUGGACCGAAGGGCCCUCCAGUAGAGUCAUUCGGCCAGUCCGUGCAGAAAUUGCAGUGACCGCCCUCAUUGGGGUGUCAGAUGUAGCUGUCUGGGUGAGAACUGUGUGUGAGCUCUCGCACCUAAGUGCCUCCCCCGGGUGGAAUUUGGAAUGGCCGUAGAGAGCUUGUAGCUCAGCCUGCCGAAGAAGACACUCUUCCUGCUUGGGGGGUGGUGUCUAUUUUCCCUUCCUUUAAUUCCCCUCCCAAAGCCACAAGCAGUGUUUCUCAACCUUGGCCACUUUAAGAGGUGUGGACUUCAACUCCCAGAAUUCCCCAGCCAGCUAUGCUGGCUGGGGAAUUCUGGGAGUUGAAGUCCACACCUCUUAAAGUGGCCAAGGUUGAGAAACACUGCAUUAGAGGAACUCAGGGUUCUCAGCUGAAGGCAUUUGAUCCUCUUUCAAAGCAGCUCAGCCAAAUCUGAGGACCCCACAACAAUUUGGAGACUGGCGACCAGUUGGUGGUUGGUGUGGGCACGUAGAAGCUGGCGGUAAAAAGGGUUUAGCCCAACGCACUUUACCUUUUGUUUUCGAUGCUGCUAGCUGAGGUAUAUUCUUUUCAUUUCUGGCCAGGCCUUCAAAAUCCUCUUGAUGGUGUUUUCUGUCCCGGUUUUUCUUUUUAGAGCUGUAGCGUUUGGGAAUAAUGAUGCUACUACUGACAUGAAUAUUGUUAAUGACCACAAAACAGAAUUAAAAAGGAACAAAUGAAUUGGA